AUGCAGAAAGGCAAGCCGUUCAUUGAGCUUUUCAGGUUCUUGAUCAUCGUAGACAGACCAAAAAUCAUCAUCUUCAUCAGGGAGACAAAAGUUCAACUUGUCCAUAUAAACGUGGAUCUGUUCUCUGAGCUGAGCAUCACUCCAAUCGAGGCCUUCGAUUUCUCCGUCGUGGACAAUCUUGUCAGGUUGUUCACCAUGGUCGUCCGAUCCGCAGCCGACGCUGAGGUCGAAAUCGACGCCAUCGGUGACCGCCUCGACGAGCUCCUGUCCAGCGCCUUGCCGUCGUCCUCCCACCACCCCCAGUCCCAAGCCGUGGCGGCACGCGCGCUGAGAGCGCGCAUCGACCACGCCGUCGCGCCGCCCGAGCCCCUCCUCGCGGCGUUUCGCCGCGUGUCCGCGCUCGGCGAGGAAGCCGCGCCACCCGCGAACCCAGGCGACGCCGAGAGUGCGGUCGUGUUCGUCGACCAUGUGGACCAGCUGCGGGACGCCAUCAAGGAAGUGGUGGCGCGCGGCAAAGAGGCCGUCCGGAGGGUGGAGGAGGCGGUCGGUUUCCUAGGCCGGGCCAAGGCGGCCGCCCGAGGUGGCCGGCCGAGGCCACGUCCGGAGGCUGACCGAGGCCGCCGCGGCACUGCGCGCGGUGUAUGA